AAAGGCUACACUGGUCUGCGGUGUGAAAAUUGCGAGGAAGGAUAUCUCCUGAACCAAACCAGUGGGCUCUGCCUUCCGUGUGGCUGCAGUUCCAAAGGUUCUGUCAACUCCCUCUGUGACAACCUGCCUACCCUAAAUAUUUUUACACUGCACUACUGAUGCACACAGUCGUCUUUUUCUGCUGCCAGUCUUCACUCUCACCUGAUGCUCCCUGCAGUCCAGCAGCAUGUAUUUUACACCAAGCAAAAGAAGCAACUCCCUCCCUCAACUCCAAGAGCAGUUUCAGCUUGGCAGUUUCGUUACCUUAUAUUGGAUUUUAAGGUGAAUCAAGUCUCAUGCUUCAGGGUAGGAGCUGAUUGCCCCAGGGGUCAGGAAGGAAUGCCCCCAUGAAUAGCAUUGCAUGACUGUCUAGAUGAUUUGAAGGAUUUUUUUCUUACUGUAAAGGAUUGUGCUGUUGGACCUAGGUGACUUGGCUUGAUGGUCCAAUGAUCUGCUCUAGUAGAGCAAAUCCGAUGCCUAAAUGGGGAACUCUGUCACCGUGGGUAUUAUCCAUCUGGAGUCUGUGCUGGCUUCCACACUAAUAGACACUAACAGAGGCUUCCUGGCAAUGGAAACUCAACCAGGGACAUGCUUUGGAAAAUGCCAGUGUAAAGUUGGGGUAACCGGCUUCAAGUGUGACCAGUGCCGCGAUGGAUACUACUGGGUCAACCAAACCAGCUGUGAACCAUGCCAGUGCAAUAACCAUUCCAACAGCUGCGAUGUCUUAACAGGCGCCUGUUGGAACUGCCAAGGAAAUACAGAAGGAAGCCACUGUGAAAAAUGUAAGGUGGGCUUCUUUAGAAGCAUCCUCCCAAGCCACGAUUGUAACCGCUGCCCAUGUUCAACAGUGGCAUCUACUGGCAGUUGCCAAAUAAAACCUGGUCAACACGCUCCAACGUGUGACAGUUGCAAAGCCGGAUACACAGGCCCAAACUGCGACCAGUGCGACAAUGGCUAUUACAAUUCCGACAGCAUUUGCAUUAGAUGUAAAUGUAACGGGAAUGUAGACCCAGAGCAGUCACCCAAGGUGUGCAAGCCAGACACAGGGGAAUGCAUUGGCUGCCUCCACAACACGGCCGGGUUCCAUUGCGAGGAGUGUCAGGAAGGUUAUGUUAGAGACCCGGAGGGAGCCAACUGCACCAAGAAAGAAGUCAUUCCUGGUCCUGAACCUAGAGGGUUUAUAACUGCUGCUCCCAACACCAGCAGGACAACAUCAUUUUCAACUACGGUGAUAAACAGUACGUUAGCGCCAACAACUGUGCAGACUAUAUUUCCUGUCAACUCCUCUGACAAUAGUACGUCUGCAUUGGCAGACGUCUCCUGGACUCAAUUUAACAUCAUUAUUUUGACAGUUAUUAUUAUUGUUGUGGUCCUAUUGAUGGGAUUUGUGGGUGCUGUUUACAUGUACCGUGAAUAUCAAAACAGAAAACUUAAUGCUCCUUUUUGGACCAUUGAGCUCAAGGAGGACAACAUUAGUUUUAGCAGCUACCAUGACAGCAUACCCAACGCUGAUGUUUCAGGCUUACUGGAGGAAGACGGAAAUGAAGUGGCACCAAAUGGACAGCUGACGCUGACAACUCCCAUGCAUAACUAUAAAGCUUAAAACAAGAGUCACUCCAGCUAUUCCAAAGUCGGCUUUAAAAAAUUACAGUCCUCGUUGAAGGGGUAUCAAAAUCUGUACCAAGGCACCAAGCAAAGGAAUUUGCUACCCACACACUCUUUUACAUCGGGCAUGGCAUAGCUUGCUGUUGAGCAGGAAAGGAGUGUCGUGCAUAUGAAUUUCAGGUAAAAUUAUGAAAUGCAUUCAGUGUAUUGUUUUCCAUGACGAUCCAUAGAAUUCAUUGCUAAGGACUUUCCAUAAAAUUAUGCUGACCUUAAAGUAUAUUUUUAUAUGAAAAGAUGGUGGGAGGUUAUAACCAAUGCCUCCUGAUUAAUCAAAAGCUACUUUGACUUCCAGCCAAGCGAAGGCCUACACCAGUAGCCUAUAUUUUGAAAAGCAGCCUGUUGAAUUAACAGCGGACUUUCAGAAAAUAGACUUUUGUAAAGACUUCAUUUUAUUUCCUGGUACGAAUUUGUGUUUUUAUAUAUAAAAAGGGAAAUCAUGUUCAUUUCACUGUACUGCUAAGAGACUUCUAAAUGAGUAAAUGUUACACAAAUACGAAAGUCACCAUGUUCAGUUCUCCAACAAUUUGGGGAGCAGAAACAAUCAAUCAUGAAAAUGUCUGGGGGUGAGGGGAGAAAGAUCACUGUUUUCCCUUUCUGAGUUCUCAUACAAAGAGAUGAUACUAUUAAAACACAGAAAUCCAUUUUCAAUAGAAGGAGUUAAUGAACUUGUAUACAUACUGUACAAGGGAAGACGACAAGACAUCUCAGGGUCACGUGUACAAAUGAAAGCUAGGCUUAAUAUCCUACCCUGAUAGAAAUGGUGUGCUCUGUACAUAGAAUGUAAUAUACCUUCUCUCCAUUGUAUUUAUAACUAUUUGUAAAAAAAAAAAAAAAAAAAAAAAAAUCAUGAGUCAUAUUUUAUCAUCUAGAUUUUAUCUGUACAGCGGUUAGUGGCAUUGUAAAAAUAUGGGGAUUGUUUAAAAUUGUGUAAAUCAGAUGGCAAUAUUGCUGGAGCUGGGCCUCUGGCAAACACCCAUCAUUUAAAGUUCUUCUUCUGAUA